ACGCUAAAACAAAGAGAAGGAUACUACUUGAGUUCAUUGCCUUUUUCAAAAGGAGAGGGCAUAUAGCAAAGGGGGCUGGAAACCAAAGAGAGCAUAAGAAAAUUAUCAUCUGAUGUCUUUGAAAAACCAAGGCAACAGAGCUGUGGAAUAUGUGCACACACCUAGAUUCAUACAGUAGAUACAUAGAAGCCACUUCGCAAGCAUCCCUUCAGAUGCGCAAGUGACGGCAGCAGAGCUCACACACGUGUGGAAUGUGGAUGACGAUAAGUCACAGGUGCAGUUUACAAAGAAAGAAAUUAGAGGUGCUGUAAACAAUCGCCAGCUUCUAUCUAUUCACAGAGGCAAAGCCAUGACUGUGGAUAUAUGAGGUGAUUUGCAUGCUUCAGACAAGCUCCUGAAAGACAGACAGUGAAAACUUAAAUUGAUCAUCAGUCAACUCACUUUAAUUGACAAUUUCACAAUGGGAAUUUCAGUUCAGAACAUCACAGCUAAUACUGCAAUGGUGAUUUGGCCAUCCAUCUCAAGUUGUUCUGACAGCUUCUAUAGCAUCAUGUACCAGUCUAACUGGAACACAAUGCUAUCUGGAUAUUCCAAGAAAAACUUCCAGAAGGAAGAGAGGAUUCCAGGCAGUCGGACAUUCUUUACUGUUGAAAAUCUAACACCACUGACUACAUAUAUUUUAUGUGUAACCUGUCAAUCUGCCAAUCCAACAAGCGACCAGUGCAGGAUCUUCCACACACUCGGUCAAGAUCCCUCAUCUGUAAAUAGCAAGAAAAAAGACCUAGCUCUAGGGAUAUGGUUGACCAGUAGCAUCCUUCUCCUCAUCAUUACCUGCAUCCUACUAUACGGUUGCUUGCAUAUAUGGUGGAGAAAACGUCAAGAACGGGCUGGACGACAAAAUGGAGGAGGCAACGAACAAGACAAGAGAGAGGCCUGGACAAAAAAUGAAGACACUCCAUUGGAAGAGUAUGAGGCAUCAAACCAGCUAGUUCUAAGCGAGGAGACCAAAAUAGAUGAAUGCUUAAACAGCAACCAGCUAGAUUCAGUCAUCAAAGACCCUGUAGCCACAGAUGAAGACAACAGACGAAACUUUAUUAAUCAUGAACUUGUAUCUGUGCAUCCAACUGCUGUUAAAUGAGCUACUCGGAUACAUCAAAUAUAUAUGUAUACAGUG